CAGAACAGCCAGCAUCCAAAUGCACACUCUUGAGUAUUUUCUCGUGAUCCACAAGCAAAAGGUGAAAUCAGCCUGAACAUCAGCCUUCAAAGCUGCAGAGAAAUAGUCACCAUGAGCGACAAACCCAACGAGGAUCUCAUGAAAGAGCACCUGCUCCAGCUGAGAUGCCACUUUACGUGGGGCUUGCAAAUUGACCACACUGAAAUACCGGAUUUAGAAAACAGGGUCUUUGAUCAGAUUGAGUUCCUACAUGUCCAGAACAAUGCGAGAAUGUACAACCUGCUGGCCUACGUGAAACACCUGGCAGGCCAGAAUCAGGAAGCCCUGGAGACUUUGAAAGAAGCUGAAGAUUUCCUGCUGCAAGAAUUCGCUGACCAAUCAGAUGUGAGAGGUCUGGUCACCUGGGGCAACUAUGCCUGGCUGUACCACCACAUGGGCAGGCUGGGAGAAGCCCAGACUUACCUGGACAAGGUAGAGAAGACGUGCAAGAAGUUGGAAAGUCCCUUCAGAUACAGGAUGGAGUGUCCAGAGCUCAACUCUGAGGAAGGAUGGGCCUUGCUGAAAUGUGGACAAAAUAACUAUGAACGAGCCAAGGUUUGCUUUCAAAAGGCUUUGGAAGUGGACCCUGAAAGCCCUGAAUUCAGUGUUGGGUAUGCAAUUGUCACCUACCGCCUGAACAACAUUAAGAGCGUAGAAAGUAUAAAUAGUCUGUACCCCCUAGAACAGGCCAUCAGAUUGAAUCCAGAAAAUGAAUAUGUGAAAGUUCUCCUAGCGCUGUGUCUUCAGGACUUAGGACGAGAAGAUGAAGGAGAAAAGUACAUUGAAGAAGCGCUGGCCAGCAAGAUCUCGCACACUUACAUCCUUCGGUACGCAGCCAAGUUCCACCGCAGAAAGGGCUCUCUGGAUAAAGCUCUUCAGCUCUUAAAAAAGGCCUUGAAGGACACGCCCUCCUCUGCCUUAGUGCAUCACCAGCUGGCACUUUGCUACAAAGCACAAAUCAGCCAAAAUAAAAAGGUCACACACUGGCAGCCCAGAGGGCAGAACAGAGAAAAUAUUGAAAGACUGGCUAGAUUAGCUAUAGAUCAUUUGGAGUGUGCUUUGAAACACAAGCCCACUUUUGUGAUUGCUUACCUAACCCUGGCAGAAAUUUACAUAGAAGUAGGUGAGCACAGCAAAGCUGAGGACAUCUACCAAAAAGUGUUAGGCAUGAAAUCACUCACAGAACAAGACCUGCAACAGUUACAUCUCCACUAUGGCAAAUUUCAGGAAUUUCAGAGGAAAUCUGAAGUAGAUGCAAUUGUGCAUUAUUUGAAAGUGGUGAAAAUAGAGAAACCAUCUUUUUCAAGAGAGAAAAGUAUCAGUGCUUUGGAGAAAUGCGCCUUAAAGAAACUUCAGAAAAAUAAAUUGGACGUGGAAGGCUUGAGCCUCCUUGGGUUCACACAGAAGCAGAGAGGAGAAAUCACGAAGGCCCUGGAGAGCUAUGAGCAAGCCCUGGAGCUGGCUGCCGGCCAGGAGACAUCUGUGGGACACGAACUCAAAGUUCCAAAGCCAUGAUGCCACCAUUUGGCAUUUCACAGUCUAUUCCAUUUUAGAAUCACUGGACUAAUCCAACCCAAGAGAUGGCUUUUGAAACAUGUAAUUGUGUAGCUACUUGUGGCUCUCAAUACCAUAUCAUGUAAUUCCCUUCAGUGGUGUACAUUCAAAUAAUAAUUCAAACCUGGUAUAUAACAGCAAUAUGUAGAAGGCAGGGAAACAGAAUGUCCAUGUCUCUGCGUCAGAAGAGAGACAAAUCUUUUCUUUGUGAAGUCUCUCUAGGAAUUGUAAUUUGUUGAGUAGAUUUGUAGCAAAGAAAACACUGGACUUACCUAAAUUAAAAUGCCUAAUUAAUUCAUUUUAAUCAGCAAGGAGUUUUCAAUGUUCAAUACCCACAAUAGGAUGGUGAUAUAGGGGAGAAAAUAACAGUUUUUCUCCUUCCACUGUAGAUUUGGGACUGAAGUGUCCUGGACUCCACUGCGGGACACUAUGAAUAAGAGACGAUCCCCAAAAGUUAACAUGACAGACAUUUAUUGAGAAAUGCAUCACACACAUACCCAGCCCCACAUGUGGAGUAUUACCAUGAGACAGCUAAUUUCUGAGUGUUGGGUCCUUGAAUCGUACAUCUAAAAUUAGCAUGUUAAACUAGACAUAGUAGGCUAACUAAUAUGCCCAUUAACCUGACCAUGGCCUUCUGUGCAUGUCCACCUCUAAUAUCUGAGCUCUUCGGUGAUAAGAUAUAGUCUCUCUACACUCAAAUUGCCAGUAUUGAAAAUACCCUGCAAAAUCCCUGCCCUUCAGGAACUCGAGAUCUAUACUGAGAGGUCAAAAUCAGCAUGGACACUAAAUAGUGGAAAGAAAUUUCUGGGGCUAGAUAGAGUGCACGUUGAAUAGUGCCUUGCAGCAGACCGGUUUGAUCCUUAGGAUCCUAAAUAGUCCUUUGAGCCCUGCUAGGAAUAAUUCCUUAGCACAUAGCCAGGAUUAAGUCUUGAGCACUGAUGGUGUGGACCACCCCCUACCCCACAACAAACAAGAAAACAAAAAGUCCCAGCUCAUUCCCUAGAAGUGAACCUGAUAGUACAUUAGGGGGUCAUAGAGGUAUUAUCUUUAACAUACAAAGGUAUGUUAUCUUUAACUUAUCUUUAGGCUGAACUGGGUUUGAUCUGACAUCCUACACAGUCCCUUGAGUCCUGCCAUGAGUAAUCCUUGAGCACAGAGCCAAGAGUAAGCCCUGUGCACAACUGAAUUUGAAACCCCCCCAAAAGGAAAGGAAAGAAAAGGAGCAAAUCAUAUAUUGAAAAUUGAGGGGGUCAGAGUGAUCGUAUAGCGGGUAGGGCAUUUGCCUUGCAUGCAGCCAACCCAGGUUUGAUUCCAGCAUCCCAGGUGGUCACUCAAGCACCACCAGGAGCAAUUCCUGAGUGAAGAUCCUUAAGUAACCCAUGAGUAUCACUAGGUGUGACCCAAAAGUCCAAAAAUGAAAGAAAAUCUACUGUGUGCUAUAAGGAGCAUUACAAGGGAGCACUGGGCUGCCAGGUAAGGCUGCACUGAAGUGAUGUUUACAGUUCCAAGAGCAUGACAAGAGGGGCUUGACCACCAUAGGUCUGGGACAUUUGGUCUAGAGAAGGCACACAGAGCCGAGACAUGAGGCUGAUGGAUUUGGCCAUGGGAAAACAAGGAGGCCAGUGUAACUUCAGGGAGUCUGAGAGGAGAGGACAUUGGGAGAGGGGCAGACAGGCCAGACCUGGGGCCAGGAGACUGCUGGAAUAUUUGUGUCCACUGCUGCUGACAAAUUAUCCCAGACUCUCACUUCGGCAACAAGCCUUUGUUGCCUCACUUUCUGUGCUCCACAAAUCAAGCAGGACUCUACUAGAUGCUGGUGCCCUGGUUCCCCAGGAGGUUGGUGUCAGAGAGGAGGCUGCUGGAUCCAGCAGGUGGGGUUUGUGCUCAGGGUCUGAAUUAACAUCAGCACAUUAGCAAAUGCCUUGGCACUGAUGGCCUGAGCUCUUUCUGUCUGUCAGUCUCAUUCAGGGUGUCAUCUAAUAUGACUCAGAGACGUUUUCUUCAGGGAAAUGCAAUGCACAGGGCUGGAGGGAAUAGCACAGAGUUAAGACACUUGCCUUGUACACAGUCAAUUCAAGCAUGAUCCCCAGCACUACCAGAAGUCAUUCUUGAGCACAGAGCCAGGAGCAAUCCCAGAGCACUGGCAAGUUUGUCUAAAAAUCCAAAAUCACAACAGCAACAGGUAUAGGACUUGAUAGUAUAAGGAUUAAGGUGUUUACCUUGUACAUGGCCAAACCAGGUCGUGUUUCGGGCACCACUUAUGCCCCGUCAAGUACCACCAGGCAUCCUAAGCACUGUGUCAGGAGUUAAGCCCUGAGCACUGCCAGACUUGGCCAAAGAUAAAUAAAUACAUUUUUAUUGUUUUUCACCAUAUCACUGUUUCACUAUCAUCCCGUUGAUCGUUGAUUUAUUCGAGCAGGUGCCAGUGAUGUCUCUAUUCCUCCUGGUCCUGAGAUUUUAGCAGCCUCUUCUUACUCGUUUUUUUCCAACAAUUGGCCUUUAUGGUCAGGGGAAUAUUGUUAUUACCAAUGAAUAAAUUUUAAAACACUUCUAUAAAUCUGAUAUACAUAUUAUUUACUAUUACCUAUAUUUACUAAAAUAAUAAAUUAAAUAUAAAAUAAGAACUGGUCCUUUCACCAAGAAGUGAUUGCUCCUGGCAAGUGGUUUGUCUUCCCAGUUCCUUCCUUUUAAAUGAAUGGGGGGGGGGGGUGCAGAGAGAUAGUACAGAGGGUAGGGUGUUUGUCCUGCAUGCAGCAGUAUCAGGUUUGAUUCCUGGCAUCUCAUAUUGUUCCCUGAGCUCCGCCAGGCGUAAUUCCUGAGUGCAGAUGACCCACGAGCAUCCCUUGAGCAUCACCAGGUGUGAUCCAAAAAGCCAAAAAGGAUAAUAAAUAAAUGUAAACCCACUGGGGUUCUGGAGGUCAGUGCAUAGGUUGGAGGGGCUGUUCUCUUCUGUGGGCCAAUGUCCCCACAGAUGGACACUCUAUCUCCUUAUGCAUUCUUAGUGGCCACGUAGCAUAAUUUACUCUCAGCAAUAACCAGUGGGAUUUGUUUUCCAUUUUUCACUGGCAUGAUUGUUCUGAAAGGUACCUCCAUAUGAGUCCAUACUGUUUUAGAGCUGAUGCCUAUCGCUAGAGUUCCUGAAACUACAUAAAGAUGCUGUACAUAAAAAUGGAUGUAGUUUCUCGUGUCUGUGGGCUGGAGCGAUAGCACAGCGGGUAGGGUGUUUGCUUUGCACACAGCCAACAUGGCCGACCCGAGUUCGAUUCCUCCGCCCCUCUCAGAGAGCCCGGCAAGCUACUGAGAGUAUCUCGCCCGCACGGCAGAGCCUGGCAAGCUACCCAUGACAUAGUGGAUAUGUCAAAAACAGUAACAAGUCUCACAAUGUUACUGGGCCCGCUCAAGCAAAUUGAUGAACAACAGGAGAACCGUGGCCGUGAUCGUGCUCCCACUGACUAAUUUAAAUGCAUUGGGACAAAAGAGACACUGGGAAGAUUGACAUGGGAGGGUUUGAAAUAUGAAAAGCCAUUAAUUGAUGCCAUCAGCACCCCAGGGAGUGACUCAUGAUCAAGGAAGGAAAGUGCCCGCAAACCCCAGCAUGACCACCUUUACCACACUCUUGUCCCAUGAUCUGGACAAUAUUUCUUUAUUCCUGAUCCAUGAUAUACCCAGGCCCUAGUGAAAGUCCAUAACUCUUUUUCUGGGCAAAGCAUCCAGGCCCUGACCAGGAAAGAAGAAGAACUUCCAGGCCAUUCCUGCUCUAAGUCCAGAGUCCAUUUCUCUCCACAGAAAAGCUCCUGUAAAGGAAGACUGACCCAGCAAAGGCUAAACUUUGACUGUGUUCAUGAACCGGAAGUUCUCAACUGCAACCACGGGACCCACAUUUUUCUUUGUAACUAAACAAUUGCCCAUUACUUGAAAAGAAUUUUUUGAUUUUAGUUAUUCAUCUGUUCAUGGAUAAUUGAGUUGAUUGCACCUUCUCUCGAAAAGUGAAUAAUGUUGCUAGGAUAUUCAUAUUCAAGGAUUUGUUUGAACACUUCUAUACAAUUCUUGGUCAUGUACCAUGGAAUAGAAUAACGGAACCAGGACCUUCAUGCAUAACUAUUUAUAAAUUGUCAAAUUGCAUUGCA